GCACCAUAAUAUAUACAGUGGUAUUCAGAUAAUUCAAUAUAGAAAUAUUCUUGAAAUCAUGGGAUCCGCAUCUUCACUGGAAUAAUAGACCCAAACAAGUCAAUGGUCCACCCUUCCAUCACUGUCAACGAAACAACCUGACGCCAUCGUGUUGAUCAACUUGAAUUAACCUAUCGGACUUAUUUCAAAGUUUUAAUUUUUAUAAAUAUACCCGUAUAUAUAACUAAAACCCUACCCUGUCAACAAAAGAGAAAAAAAGACAGCCCCAUUUUUUUUUCCAGUCCAGAAAUGGGUUUGAAGGUUCUUUCAGCGCUUGACACUGCAAAAACUCAGUUAUAUCAUUUCAAAGCCAUAAUCGUAGCUGGGAUGGGUCUUUUCACUGAUGCAUAUGACCUAUUUUGUAUCCCUCCGAUUUUAAGUCUGAUCGGAAGGGUGUACUAUGAGCAAGACAAGCUAAAGUACCAGAUCCCACCUGGGGUUAUUUCAGCUACGGUAGCGAUUGCUCUGUUGGGCACCACGAUUGGUCAACUGGUGUUCGGUAGACUCGGGGACCGAAUAGGAAGGCGACGCGUGUACGGCAUAGCAUUGAUGAUAAUGGUGCUGAGCUCGCUGGGCUGUGGCUUUUCGAUUUGCAAAUCGAGAGAGUGCGUUCUGGUGAGCCUCUCGUUUUUCAGGUUCUUUUUGGGGGUUGGGAUUGGUGGGGACUACCCUCUGUCGGCAACGAUUAUGUCGGAGUUCGCUAACAAGAGGACACGUGGAGCCUUCAUAGCCGCUGUGUUUUCGAUGCAAGGGUUUGGAAUCUUGGCAUCAUCGACGGUCACGAUGGUCGUGUGUGCCAUAUUCGAGCAUGUGUCGAGAUCACACGAUCAUACAUCACACACAGUUUCGGUUGAUCACACGCCGAGAGGAGUUGAUAUUGCAUGGAGAUUGAUACUGAUGCUGGGUGCUGUACCAGCUGCAUUGACAUACUAUUGGAGGAUGAUGAUGCCUGAGACUGCCAGAUAUACAGCUUUGGUAGAGCUAAAUGUUCUUCAAGCAGCCAAGGACAUGGAGAAAGUGUUAGAUGUUUCAAUAAGUCAGAUUGCAGAAGAUGACCCACAGCCACUACAUCAACCAUCCUAUCCCCUCUUCUCAAAGCAGUUCUUACGUCGCCAUGGCCGUGACCUAUUCUCUUGUGCCACCUCAUGGUUUCUUCUUGACAUUGUCUUUUACAGCAACAAUCUCUUCCAAUCUCAGAUAUAUAAAAAGUACCUUGGUGACCGAAGAAAAAAGAACGCCUAUCAAGAUGCUUUCAAUGUAGCAAAACUUCAAGCAAUCGUAGCAAUCUGUUCCACAGUUCCAGGUUACUGGUUCACCGUCUAUUUCAUUGAUCGCAUUGGAAGAGUGAGAAUUCAACAAAUGGGCUUCUUAUUCAUGGCAAUUGUUUAUUUAGCAAUUGGAAUACCCUAUUACACGUAUUGGGAGCAUAACACAAAUGUAGGUUUCAUGGUCCUCUAUGGGCUCACCUUUUUCUUCUCAAAUUUUGGGCCCAACACUACCACUUUCAUAGUGCCUGCGGAACUUUUUCCCGCUAGAUUUAGAUCUACAUGUCAUGGUGUUUCUGGUGCUGCUGGCAAGGUGGGGGCAAUUAUUGGGUCUGUUGGAUUUUUGUGGGCUUCACAUAACAAGAAAGAGGAUGGUUAUCCCAAAGCAAUUGGAAUGGAAAUCUCUUUGGUAAUUUUGGGCUUAGUUUGUAUUACGGGAUUGUUGGUAACAACUUUUUUCACAAGAGAAACCAUGGGGAGAUCAUUAGAAGAAAAUGAGAAUGAAAGUGAGGAUGAGAAUGUGAAUUAAAUUUUUUUAGUGUACUGUCUAUACCCACUCAUAUUCAUUUCUCAACGAAGCUGGGGCUGCCUGGAGCUCUUUCUACGUGUGUACUUUUAUAUCAAAGACAUGAUGAGUCUCUUUUAUCUCCUCCGGCCUCACGCACAAACUAGGCUAGAGAAAUUUGUGUAAUUUAGAUUUUGUGCUGAGGUAUGGCAGAGAACUUGUAAUUGUAUUUGAAAUGGCAAAGUUCUUGUAUAUAAAGCUGGAAA